UUUGGUGAUCGAUAUUCAAUGCAAUUGAAGUAGUUGUUUUUUAUAAUGUUUACAUUAUUCGGUGAAGUAAACUUAUGGAGUUUCGAUGACAACAUUAAUAUAAAAAGUACAGACUUUGGUGCAUUUCGGUAUCAUGAUAAACGUAUUGAUAAUUUACACGAGGAAGGGAAAAGGUCGUAUUGUCAAAAACGUGGUAUGAUAUAUGUACCAACAAAUAAAAAAGGAAAUAAAUUAAAAGAUUCUAUAAAAUAUUUGGAGGAACAAUUGAAAGACAAUACAAUUAUAUAUUGCCGAUGGUACGAUGAUUGUGUUUUCCAGUUGAUGUUGAAUAAUGCCCUGUUAAUACAAAUACAAGUCAGUGUUGCUACCGGUGAUAUAUAUAAAAUAACUUUUGAUAAGUACCUUGUCGGAAAACUUUCGGAACAUAUAUCUGACGUGAUAAUUACUAAAAAUUAUAUACUUUGCACAUAUAACGAUAAUCAAGUAAGCCUUGUACAUUUCACAAGAUCAAAGAGACAUGUCUUUGAUAAAAUUAAUAAACUUGAACCAAAAUUAUCCACGAUCGAUCUGUUUGGUCCUAAUGGGCGUAGGUUGGAUAAAAAAGUACAAACUAAUAAAUGUGAUGACUUGAUAUUAAUUUGGUGGAAAUCCACAAUGAAUGAAGUUUAUCCGUGGAGUCCUGUUGUCAAAGAGCAUGACCGUGCGAAUAUACACCUGUAUCGUCUAAUAGGAGUAAAAUUAGAAUUAAUUUGUUAUAUACGUAGUGAGUUUGAUCCUUUGUGUAUAAUAUUUGAUGCAUGUCAUGAUAAUAUUAUUCAUUCUGUAGAACAGAAAGUAUCAAGAAAGGGGGAGGUGACUAUAGAAUGGAGAACGUACGAAGUUUCUCAGCAAGAUAAACUGCAAAGAAUAGCAGUGAUUUCCGUGCCUUUACCUACACAUACAAGCUGUGUGAAAUUCUCCCCUAAUCAGGAAUUGUUACUAUUAUGUUGCAUAGAUGGUUCUGUAAUAAUUUAUGAUCAAAUCAGAGCUACCACUACCAGCGUAAAAGCUGGUUUUAUACCUACAUUAGCAUCAUGGCACAGUGAUGGAAUAAUAUUUAUGAUCGGAAAUGACAAAGGUCAAUUUCAACAUUUUGAUAUUUCUCUGUCAUGUAUUAAAAGUCAGACGUUAAGCGAAGAAAUAACACCGGCCAAUAUUCUUGAUUUAUCUUCAUAUUUCAGAACUCAACCGGCGUUAAUGCGUAUGGAAUGGAAUAAAAAAAAUGAUUUGAAUUGCUACAUUGAUUUGCACAAUCGUGGAAAUUCUCUAUUGUUACUUACUUUUCAACGAGGCCCUAUAGGUGUUAUAAAAGUAUUGGAAGGAGAUUCUCUCUCUGGCGAUGUAUUAGUCAAAAGAUAUUUAUCCUUGUGUCAAGUUGAACAAGCAACAUCAUUAUUAUUGUCUAUGAAUUGGGAUACCCAUCCUCGUGCGUGUAUGCACGCGCUAAAUCAAAUUGUGAAUUAUUUAUUUAAAUUACCCUUAACACCAGAACGUGAAAAUUUUAUACAGAAUGCACUAGGUAGCUUCCAUGUUCCAAUUAAACCAAUAAGUCAAACUAUCGAAGAAGAAUAUGGAGACGAAAUACGAGAUUUAACAAGAAGAUUUUUUCAUCAUUUAUUACGGUAUCAAAUGUUUGAAAAAGCCUUUAGGCUUGCUAUAGAUCUAAACGAUCAUGACCUUUUUAUGGAUAUACACUUUUACGCGUUAGUUGUAAACGAUGUGGCAAUGGCAACCGCAGCAAAAGAAAACGCUGAACGUAUACUGAGUAGAUCGAACAGUUGUAAUAGUUCACAUUCUACGUGCUCUAGAGCAUCGUGUUCAUUGUGCUCUGAUUCGACGAGCGACAAAGGGGAGGAAUCUUUUAGCGACGAGAGUGAAAAUUCCUCCAAAGGAAAUCAAACUGAUAUAAAGCAUUCCAAAAAUCAUAGUUACAGAAAAGAGUCCAAUAGUCAAAUUCCACCAUUACCAAUUCUUGAUCCCCAUCACCUUAACAAAAGCCUGUUACCUUCCUCAUUUACAUCGGAUAUUUCGGCUAGCGAAAAAGCUGAUUGCAAUCUAGUGUCAACAUCUUUUAAUAUACCCAGUAGCGCACUUACUACAACUUCUUUUAAUCAUUCGUCGCAUCUUUCGCUUUUAAAUACGUUUUUUGCAUCAACAUCGUUCAACAAACCAUUGUACAAAACUCAUACAAAUCCAACAACAACAUCGACAGUAACUUCUACAAAUAGUUCACAGUCUUUUAAUAAUAUUUCUGACGACUUGAUGACAACUUCGUUUGGAAGUUUGUCCAUGAACGAACGAAAGGCCGUAGUGUCUAAUCGGCUUACUGAAAACUCGGUAGAUAUCACAUUAAACAAAGGUCUACUUGGUGAAAUGCAUUAUUCUCUUGACAGUGUAUCUGAUAAUACAGUAACAACUACUUUAACGCAAGACAAUGGCUUUACAUCAACCCCUUUUAACAAUCCAACAUAUGAAACAUUGGAUGUUCCUUCCGAUCUAUUACGAUCUUCGUUGGAUAAUGUAGAUAACAAUAUCAUGUCAACAUCUUUUAGUACGCUCGGUACAAAUAUUCCAAGCCCGUAUGAUAGUUCUUUUACUAAUUUAAUAACCAGUAAAGCUGAUUCUACCAUAACUUCAUCUUCUUUAAGAAAUAUAAAAUCAUCUGUUGCAAUGAAUGACUUCACGCCUAAAACACUUCCCGAUUCUAUCACUGCGAACAAAUUAACAUCCAAUCUUCAUAGCAGUCAUAGUAACUUCAUGUCGACUUCGUUUAAUUUUCUUGAUAAUCAAGUACAAGAUUCUCGUAAUUGCAUUUCAAAAAGUAGUAUUAAUGGCGAUAGUCAUAAUGUCAUCAAGUUACAACAGUCGGUUGGAAAAAAGGUCGGGGAUGUCAGCAUUCCACCACCACCACCUUCCUUAACAAACUCAUUUACAAAUUACUUUCAGAAUCUUCCGAGAAAAAAUCUUCCUUUAUCCAGAAGUACAUCUGGCUUAGCAGAUAUCGAUGAAUCUAUUCAAAAAUUUUCGUCGAUUAGAACGCGAAAUGUCACGUCGCACCUACUGCAAAGACAAAACUCCACAUCUAACAUUCUACAAGUUCAUCAUAAAUAUAGUAAUAUUAAGCCUUCUAGAUAUAGACUUAAUUAUGAUCUCGAUUACAUUUCAUUCCAUGGAAGUUGUGAUAAUAUUAAUAUACAUUCCUCUACUAAUAGUAUGAAACUUGGUGCUUCACAGUUUCCUUCUACAUACAGUGUACAGAACAGAUUUGAUAAUAGGCAUUCGAAAUUAGUAUCAUCGCAAAAUAGUACAAAUAUUAGCGUUAGUAAAGAAACUAAGAUAUCUUCAAAUAUACCACCACUACCUGUUAUAUCCACCCCAACUUCUAGUUCUAUGUCCUGUUCUCCAUUCUCUACUUUUACGGAUACAACAUUAACGUCAAACGAAAAACCAAAGGUGAAAUUUUCAGAUACAGUAACGCACAUAUUUGUACCCGACACAGGUCAAUCAUUACAUAAACAAAAACGUUCUACGAUUACUCAAGUACACUUGACCGACCCAAAACGUGAAUUAGCAGAAAGCCUGCCAUUGUGCCUUGGUAAUGAAGAUUAUCUUAAGGAUUUUCAACCAUUAUCGAAAGAUGAUAUUAAUGAUAAAGUAAAAGAACCUUCAAAAUCAGAGGAAGGUUCUAAAAUAAAAGUUGUACACUUUGGACUUUUAUAAAUAAAGAAAAUAUUCCGAUAUUACUGGAAAACGAAUGCGAGACUGUAUUUACGUACAUUUGAAUUUUUUUAU